AUGUUCAAGGCACUGAGUUAUUUCCUUCUAGUAGCAUCAGUUUGUGGUGUGCAGUUCGACAUCGCGAACAGAGACGAUGGUGAGAUUUGGAUAGGCAUUCAGAGCAAUAGUAAUAAGCCAUCUUUGGAAAGUGGUGGAUUCAAACUGGAAUUUGGAGAAACGAGAAGCGUAUAUGCACCAGAUAAUUGGGCUGGAAAAUUCUGGUCCAGGCAGUGGUGUGACAUUAGUACCGGGCAAUGCCUGGUUGGCAAUUGCAACGGAGUGGAAUGUCAUGGAAGGAGUGGAAAUCCUCCAGUUACAUUGGUAGAAAUUACACUCAGAGGUUCCGGAAACCAGGACUUUUAUGACAUCUCUUUGGUUAAAGGUUUCAGUACUCUUGCGACGAUUCGUCCAAUAGAUGGUCAAGGGCACUGCAAAGCGAUUGAGUGCAAGUCCCGCAUCAACUAUAUUUGUCCCAACGAACUGAAAUUCAACACACCACAAGGAGUUCUCGGUUGCAUGUCGUCCUGUAUGAAUCAUGAAUACUCGGCCAAAUUCUUCAAGGAACAUUGUCCUGAUGCCUACACUUAUGCUUACAAUGAUCCCAGCAGUAUCUUCACUUGUAAAGCUGACCUGUACGAAAUCACCUUUGGGGGAUAACAAUACAAAUCUUUCAAACAUUAUGUAUUUUCUGCGUCAAUCAGAGGGUAUUGCUA